AUGUGCUGCUUUGUUUUGCCUCGGGUACCUAUAUUCUCUCUGCUUCCUCCGGCGAUCUCAGCAGGCAUCCCCAGAGCUACUGUUAGAAUCACCAGCUCGGCUUUACCGGCAAGUUUCUCUCUUUGCUUUCCGUUUCAGCAGAAAUCUAUGUUCUUGAGGCUGUUUGGUUCUGAAGUUGGAAACUUUGCCUGUGAUGGAAUUGAGGGCUGUGAGUAUGGUGAUGUUGUUGAGGAUUUUGAGGGCCUAAGUGGGGACCCUAGAGAGAAUAGUUCCCAGAAUUUAUGGGGUUGUAAUGUCAAGUUAUUGAUUUUCUAG